AAAUUUAAAGAGUAAAAGUAAAAGUGUGUGCAGUGAAGAUGGAUUCUAUGAAUUUCAAUGGAGAAUUCUAAUUCUAUGAAUCUCUCGACGCCAUCUUCGAUCUCUGCGCCGCCGCAGCCGGCGUCGUCUGGCACUUCGUGGUUUUCUGGCAUUGUCCGCAGCCGCUCCUCCGCCUCCGCCAAGGUUCCCAACAAAACCCCAGCCGCCGCUGGCUACGGCGCUGGAGGCGGAGAUGGACCCAUCAAUAAGAAACGUCAAUUUCGCGGGGCGAUGUUCAAGUAUGGCACGAAAUCAAUUCAGGUUGCUUUCAAAACAGGUGAUUACAAGCAGCAAGUCAUUUUUAUUGGUGGGCUGACCGAUGGGUUUUUAGCUACCGAAUAUUUGGAGCCUUUGGCAAUUGCGUUGGAGAAAGAGCGCUGGUCGCUGGUUCAAUUUCUAUUUUCUUCGUCAUACAGUGGUUAUGGCGUCUCGAGCUUGAAACAAGAUGCCGCAGAGCUUGAUCAAUUGAUUAGUUAUCUAAUAAAUAAGGAAGAUUCUGAAGGUGUGGUGCUACUAGGACACAGUACCGGAUGCCAGGAUAUUGUAUAUUACUUGCGAACUAAUGCAGCAUGUUCAAGAGCAGUUCGUGCAGCCAUUUUACAAGCUCCAGUCAGUGACCGUGAAUACAGAGCCACUCUCCCGGAAACUGCCUCCAUGAUUGAUUUAGCUUCAACGAUGAUAAAUGAAGGCCGGGGAUCAGAAUUGAUGCCAAGGGAAGCCAAUCCAGAUUCUCCCAUUACUGCCUACAGAUUUCAUUCUCUCUGUGCAUACAACGGAGAUGAUGACAUGUUCAGCUCCGACUUUAAUGAAGACCAGUUGAAGCAGAAACUUGGCCACAUGUCCAACACACCUACUCUGGUCAUGUUUUCCAUGGGAGACGAAUACGUACCUGAAUACGUGGACAAGAAAGCUCUGGUUGACAGGCUGUGUGCAGCAAUGGGGGGCGCAGAGAAGGCUGAAAUCGAGUAUGGAAACCACUCGCUCUCCAACAGAGCCCAGGAAGCUGUCCAAGCCAUAAUCGAGUUCAUCAAGAGAGAUGGCCCAAAAGGAUGGGAUGACCCGUGGAGCUAGCAUGUCACCUUCGAACUAGGCAUGUUUUUUGACCUCCAUGUGAUGCGUUACUUUGUAUUAGAGAUAGGUUUUAUGUUUAUGAAUUGGAUUAUCUUGAAUUACUUGAAAUAUUAUACAAAUUAUUUGUUAUGACGUUUUGGGAGUAGGCGAUGCGUGUAUAUGUGAGGGUGAUGUAACAGAAUAUAUGGUAGUUGCCUAUGAACGUGAGCAGGAUUUGUGUUA